AUGUCACAUUUUACGACUUCUACCUCCUUGUCUGCUAUUCUACGAAACUGCAGCUCUUUGCUUUCAUCAAUUCCUACAGCCAGAAAAGUCCAUGCUCAAAUCCUCAUUAAUGGAUUAUUUCAAAACAAUACACUCCAAACAGAUUUGGUGCUGGCUUACUGUAAAUGCGGUCUGCUGGGUGAUGCACGCAAGAUGUUUGUUUCUAUGCCUGACCGAAACAUGCACUCAUGGAACAUUAUGAUCUCUACCCAUGUCAAGAAUUGUUUAUAUACAGAUGGUUUGUGUAUUUUUAGUGCGUUUCUUCAAGUGGGUCAGAGACCGGAUCACUACACAUUUACUCCAUUGUUUAAGGCGUGUGCCCAACUUGGAGAUAAGACUUUGGGUUUAGGUCUGCAUAGUUGGGUGAUCAAAUUUGGGUUUGUGAACUAUGUUGUCGUAGGGAGUGCGCUUUUGGAAUUUUACUCGAAAUGCAAGCAAGCAGAGGAUGCUAAACGGGUUUUUGGUGAUUUGAGAUUUAAAGAUUCUGUUGCGUGGAAUUCGAUGAUUUCUGGGUUAGUGAGGCUGGGAUGUAAUGUGGAUGCUGUAGUUUGUUUCAGAGAUAUGCUUAAGGAAGGAAUUGUGAUGGAUCGUAUGGCAAUACCGAGUAUUUUGAGUGCUUGUGGAAGGGAAGGAGACGUUAUGAAAGGGAAAGAAAUUCAUGGGCAAGUAAUGAAGAGUGUAACAUUUUGUGACGAUGUUACGAUUGUAAACUCUCUUAUCGACAUGUACUCCAGGUGUGGGUUUUUGUAUAAUUCGGAGAAUGUUUUUAAGAAUAUGGUUAAUGCAAAUUUAGUGAGUUGGACUACAAUGAUCUCGUGCUACGGGGUUCAUGGGAAAGGGAAAGAGUCGUUGGUUUUGUUUGAGGAAAUGAAAUUCCGUGGAUUUGAACCCAAUUCUGUCACGAUUACUACAAUAUUAGCUAGUUGUAGUCACUCGGGCCUUGUAGACCAAGGUAAGAAGAUAUUUGAUUCACUUGGUCUAGUCUACAAUAUUGAACCCUGUGUCGAGCACUAUGCUUGUAUGAUAGAUCUUUUGGGCCGCUCGGGGUGUGUGGAAGAAGCAUUUGAAUUAGUGAAAAAUAUGAAGUUGGCUCCUACAGCAAGUACAUGGGGUGCUCUACUAGCUGCAUGCAUGACUUGGAGGAAUGUUGAGAUAGGUGAAAUAGCAGCUCAUCAUCUCUUUAAAUUGGAACCGAAAAAUACUAGUAACUACAUAGCCUUGUGCAGUAUAUAUGAAUCUUUAGCCACUAAAGAAAGGCAUAAGUAUUAUUUGAUUCCUCACAAGGUUAGCUCUUCCUCACAAGUUGACACCAAAGAAAGCUCACAAGGGGAGGAGUUGCGGGUGAAGGGGAUGGAGGUUCUUGAGAGAGGGUUGGAGUCGUUUAAUCAGGCGGAAGUUGGGGCGGGGUUGCAGGUGUUCUAUAAUUUAGGGGAGUUACGUGGUACUGUGGAGGGAUUGGUUGGGAAGUAUAAGAAUGUUGGUGUCAAGAGUAUUGCCAAUGCGUUGGAUAUGAAGGCGAUUUCGAGUGGUGGGGGGAUGUAUGGAGGGGGGCCGGGUGGGAUACAGAGGAGUGGGACGCCGCAGAUUGGGGGUGGGAGUAAGGCCAAGGAAGCGUUGUGGCAACGGAUGAAUGGGUGUAUGGAUCAGUUGCAUAGUAUUGUUGUGGCUGUUUGGCAUUUACAGAGAGUCUUGUUGAAGAAGAGGGAUCCGUUUACUCAUGUGUUGUUGCUCGACGAGGUUAUGCAGGUAUGGUUUAUGUAG